AUGCUUGUUUAUGAUAUAACCAAUGAGAAAUCGUUCGAAAACAUCAAGAACUGGAUCCGCAAUAUUGAGGAGCACGCCUCGUCCGAUGUGGACCGCAUGAUCAUUGGCAAUAAGUGUGAUGCCGAGGAAAGGCGACAGGUGUCCAGAGAGCGUGGCGAACAGCUCGCCAUUGAAUAUGGAACAAAAUUUUUGGAAACCUCAGCAAAAGCGAAUAUUAACGUUGAGGAAGCGUUUUUUACGUUGGCACGUGAUAUCAAGCUGAAAACCGAACGUGCAUCACAGCAGAACACCACCCAGAACAGUGGCCGAAUAACGGUGCAGCAGACUCCGCGAAAAAGCACAUCGUUCUUUUCCGGUUGGAGGUGCUCGUUGAUUUAG